AGAGUUCCCCUGCCGUUAUGUUGGCAUACCUGACUGUCAAAAAUACAGAGAUGUCAAGGUUUUCCGAGAUUUAUAAAUGUUUUAGAGAUUGGCAUCAUGCCGCAUACGCUUAGAAGUGGUGAAAGAGAAAUGGUUUUAAAAGUUAAAACAUUUUGUGAGAGUGAAAAACGUAACAAAGUGCCAAUAAUUCCAUUAGAAUGUGUACGACGUCGAGUCGCCGCCAUGACACCGGGUAAGCAUCGUCCUAGAGAAAAAAAAAUAAAGCUUGAUGACUUUGAACUUUGUGCUAUAUGUCACAAAAUUCACGAAUUUUAUGUCGUGAAGAAGGAGUUGCCCACUCUUACUAAAUUGUUGCAUGAAAUGCGAAGCGAAAUUGACUUCAAGGGUAGUCGUACCUCAUUGUGGCGAAUCUUAAAAGAGUUGGGAUUUUAUUUCAAAAAAUGUAAAUCUAAAAGAAAGAUACUGAUGGAAAGAUACGACAUCGUGGCAUGGCGCCAUAGUUAUGUAGAAGAAAUUCGAAGCAAUCGUCUCAGUGACCUACCACGACCAGUCGUCUAUUUGGAUGAAACAUACAUUCAUUCCACAUACUGUGCCGGUAAAUGCUGGCAAAGUGAAACUGAGGAAGGGGUUUUGUCUUCAGAUUCAAAAGGCCCAAGAUGGAUCAUUCUACAUGCAGGCGGUAAAAUGGGUUUUAUACCCGAUGCGCAGUUGAUUUUCAAAUCUCAAACUAAGUCAGGAGACUACCACGAUGAUAUGAACAGGGAAAACUUCAUGAAAUGGAUAAAAGAUAAGCUUUUGCCAAAUCUGCCUGCGCAGUCAAUAGUGGUAAUGGAUAAUGCGUCGUACCACACGGUAGCGGUAAAUAAAGCACCCACCAUGUCAAGUACAAAAUCAGAAAUGCAAGAAUGGAUUGUGAACAAAGGCCUUGCAUAUUUACCAACUAUGGUAAAAAGUCAAUUAUUUGAAAUUAUCAAAGAACACAAAGAACCACCUGUCUACGAAGUCGAUUUACUAUUACAAGAUCAUGGGCAUAAAGUGGUAAGACUUCCUCCUUACCACUGUGACUUGAACCCAAUCGAGCUCAUAUGGAGUCUUUUAAAAAGGCGGAUAGCAGAAAAAAACGUGGGUCAAGAAGCAAAAAAUAUAGUCAAAAUAACCGAAGAUGCAUUUCGUAGUAUCACACCAGAAGAAUGGAUGAAAGAGUGCUGUCACGUCGAGAGCAUUGAAGACAAGUACUUUAACGAUGGUAUAGCUGUUGAUAAUGAAAUAGAUCGAUUUAUAAUCGCAGUAGGGGAUGACAGUGAUACUUCAGAUAGCAGUGACCCUGGAGAUAGUGACAGCAGUACUAUAUCAGGUGUAGGACCGUUGGAGGAGCACAAUUAUUUUAAAAAAUAAUGCCUUUUUAAA